AUGAUUAGCCUGCAUCAGCUGUUCAGGGUCCUCUCCCGCAUCAGCUCAGACCCUUCAACCCCUUUCUACGCAGCGCCUAUUCAUUCACCGAUAUCUGGGGGCCCCCUGGGGGCCCCCCGGGGGCCCCUGGGCCCCUUGGGGGCCCCCAGCCCCCUCAAAGAGGUACUAACAACCCCACCUGAAUUCAGGGUACUAACAACCACCUCCACCACCGCACCAGCACAGAGCGGCGCCAGCGGCCCCUCAGAUUGCCUCUGUGACGAAGCAGAGUGUAGUGCCUUUGCUCUCAGCAGCAGCAGCAGCAGCAGCAGCAGCAACAGCAGCAGCAACGGCAGUGCGCUCGAUAAUAACAGCAGCACAGGUGGUGCUGCUGCACCUGAACAUGGCAGCAGCAGCAGCAGCAACGGCAGUGCGCUCGAUAAUAACAGCAGCACAGGUGGUGCUGCUGCACCUGAACAUGCAUGCAGACCGGCAGCGCCCAUUGCUCAGCCGUUGCCGCUCCCUAUGUACUGCAGCAGCAGCAACAGCAGCAGCAGCAGCAGCAGCGGCAGCAGCAACAGCAGCCCCGCAGUUUCCGUAUACUCUCCCCUUGCUGUGUCUCCGCCUGGUCUCUGUUCUCCUGUCUGUGCAUACACCCCAGCAGCUCAGCCUCUCCUUAACCCCAAAGCAUUCAGUGCCUUAGAGUGCCUGCUGCCGCCCGAAGCCUCGCAGCAGCAGCAGCAGCAGCAGCAGCAGCAGCAGCAGCAGCAGCAGCAACAGCAGCAGCUCCUGCUGCAGCAGCUGCAACAGAUACUGCAGCUGCGGCAGCAGAAGCAGCAGCUGCAGCAGCUGCAGCAGCAGCAGCAGCACAAGCUUUUGCAGCAGCCUCAGGCGCUCCUUGCUGCUGCAGCUGCAGCAGCAGCUGCUGCAGCUGCUGCUGAGGCGGCCCUAGGGGAAGCCCCUGAUGCUGCUAAAUGCAGCGUAGGUAGGGGGCCCCAGGGGGGCCCCCAUGAGGGCCUCCAAGGGGGCCCCCAAGGGGGGCCCCCAGGGGGCCCCCAAGGGGGCCCCUGUCGUGCUGCGCGGCGGCAGCGGCGGAGGCCGUGGAGGACCCCCUGGGAUCGGGGUGAGGGCAAGGCGGCAGCGUACCCUGUCUCAUCACAGCAGCAGCAGCAGCAGCAGCAGCAGCAGCAGCAGCAGCAGCAGCAGUUGCUGCUGCAGCAACAGCUGUUGCUGCUGCAGCAGACAAAGGGAAAGUCCAUACAGAGGACCCGCGUGGGGGCAGCAGCAGAAGUGCAGCAACCCCCAGAGGGUAAGGAUGCAGCAGAAGGGAUGCAGGGCCCCCUCAGCCUAUCUGUCUCCUCGAGGCCUCGCAUGCAGCAGCCAGCAGCAGCAGCAGCAGCAGCAGCAGCAAAAACCGAAAGAGCAGCAGCUGAUGAUAUAGACGAGGCAGUGUAUGUAGACAAUGCCUUAGCCGUAUCACCGCACAGCAGCAACAACAGCAGCAGCAACAGCAGCAGCAACAGCAACAGCAGCAGCAGCGCUUCCUCUCCCUCUCCCUCUCCCUAUCCGUGCUGCUGCUCUUCUUCUUCUUCUUGCUGCUGCUGCAUCUCCCCUUUGUCUCCUGCUGCUCGUGCUGUUGGUGUUUGUUUCUCUCGGCCAAAGGAUGUAUGGAGAGCAAGAAUAACAGUUGAGGGGAGACAGUACGAGCAGCAGUUCUCCGUGAAGAGACACGGAUACCACGGGGCCCGCAUGCUAGCAGCAAGAUGGAGACAGAGCAUGGAGAGAGCCAGAACACCUAAACCCUACCACGGGGCCCGCAUGCUAGCAGCAAGAUGGAGACAGAGCAUGGAGAGAGCCAGAACACCUAAACCACUUUCUCUAUUCUGA